AUUUACGUCAGCUAGUUUAAUAAUGGGAAAUACAACAUGUUAUACUUUUGAAGAGCCUAAAAAAAAGGAAUGCAUACCUAAAAGAAUUAAAAAAGCUAUGGAAAUAAAAAAAAAACUCAAAUCUAUAGUGCUUUAGGGAGUUAUGAGUCUACCUAAGGAAACUUAAAAAACUGAAAUGCUGGAAAGCUUCUAUAACUUUUUUUAAGUAAAUUAGUUUUUUAUUUUUAGAAUAAACUUAUUGAAGUUAUUGCAAAGUAUGAAUUUCCUAAACCUGGCAAAGACUUUUUAUAAGCAGGCUAUGUAUUGUCCUUUGUUAAUAUUGUUGAUAUUACCCAAUAAAUUCAAAAAGAAGACGUUGACGCAGAUUCUUAAUUGUUAAAAUAUUUGAUGGAAAAUAUAAAUGAACUGAAAGAAAAAUCACUCUUCUAUUUAAUUCUAAAAGAAUUCAACGAAUUCUAUAAACAAUUAGUUUUAUCAAAAAAGGAUAAAUUAGACGAUAUUACAACAUCUCCUAAUUUACAUUAAAUGUCUGAUACUAAGAGCUUUAUUAGGACAUAAUUACCUUUAGAAAUCUAAGAAAAAUAAUAAACAAUGGAAUUUGAAGAUUGUAUUUUCUCUAAGAGAAAAUUAAGUCUAUUGAUAAAGGAAGAUGAACGUUUAAUAGAUUACAUAAUCAUUAGUAUAAUUAGCUUAUUUAAAAUUUUAAAAGAAACUAUAUUAUUGACUUAUUAAGAAAUACUUUAAGAAUAUAUUUCUCUUAAUGACUUUUAAAAAUACAUUUAGAAUGACUUAUUUUUCUAAAAAUUAAUUUAGCAUUAUAUUUAUGAUAAAGAAUUCUGUCUUGGUUAACUUUUAGAAAAGAUAAUUCCUUUGAAAUACUCAAAUGAAUAGAUUUAAUAUGAGGGUUAAAAGAUGGAAAGAGAAUAAACUUUAGAUAUAUCUCUUUAUCCAGAGCCAGGACAUCAAACAAUGAUUAGAGAAUUUGAGGAAGAUGAAUUUGCUCAUGAUUUUGGACAAUCUCGUCAGGAAUAUUAUUUUAGAAAUAGUUCUAGAAUGUCAAUUAUAGAAAUGUAAAAUAAAAUUAUGAAUGCAAUUUAUCAAAUUGAACAUUAAAAUCUACCUUAUAAAGAAUUGUUUAUUAUAUUAAAAUAGAUGUUUGAAGAGGUAAAACCUUAUAGAAUAUUUCUACUUAUUUAAAAAUUAUCAGAUGAUAUUGUUGAUAUCUAUUUAUAAUCUAGACCUUAAGAUUAAUAAAAUAAAUAUCGUGAGCUUAUUCUUGCAGAAGAUAAUAAACUUUCUAUUAUUUUGUUCCUACUUCAUAAAUUUUAAGAAUAAAUUAAAUGUAAUUUAAAAAGAUUAUUUUACAAAUUAAGAUUUAUGAUGGAUUACAAUGAAGUUCUUGAUGAUAGAAUUAAAUAUGAAAUGGAUUAAUCCUUCGUCAGAUUUUAUGCUUGUCUAGAAAUGAUAAUUCUAACUCCUUGA